UCAGUCUAUCAACUCCUUCAGAGAGGACAGAGAACAGCUGAGAAAAUGCCGAGCAACACAAUGGUGAUGAGGAGUCUGACAGCCAUAAUCGUCCUUGCGUUUACCAUCUGGACUGUAGCAGAUGCAGAAAAAGUGAGUCCCUGCUGCGUUGCGGUCUCCACAUUCAUGGAGGACAUUGCCAUCACAGGUUACAGAUUACAGUUGAAAAAUCUUCCAUGCAUUAGAGCUGUCAUUUUUCAGACAGAAAAGGGACAGUUCUGUAUUGAUCCAAGUCAACCCUGGGUGAGGAAGAAGAUCACUGAGUUUAGGAGGUCACAAAAGAACAAAAUGUCUCCAACCUCUGCUUCACCGAGUCUGACCUUCUCAGCACCACAGAAUUCAACUGUUAGCACUCAGACGGAGAAAUGAAGAAGAAGAAGAAAAAACAGCUCAUUUUAUUAUUUAUUUAUAACUGGAAUGAUAUAUUUAUAACUCAAAACCAAUGUUUAACAUUGUUUUGUUGUUGUUGAUGAUGUUGUUGUUGUUGUUGAUGUUGUUGUUUGUCUACAAAAAGGAAACCCAAUAAAAUUG